AUGCCAACAGCAACCCCUGCAACCGCUGCAACCCCGGCACCGGCACCGGCGGAAACACAACCUCUCACGCCGCCCAAGGAUGGCGUGGCUCCAACAGGAGCAGCCAGCUGGGAACCUGUAAGAAAGCGUUUGUUGGGGACAGACAUCAAGGUGGCGCUUCAAGCCGCCAUGGAGUUGCGGGAGGGGAUCGAAAUUGUCCACACUGUCGAAUUUCCUAUACUAUUAUCGGCGUUAUUACCAGCAUUUACUUCCAUUCUCACUACAAGAACGACGCCCAAUCCAGACGUUAACUCUCCCGACCACAAAUUGCGCAAUGUUGUUUUGGAAAUAAUAUGUCGAAUGCCCAGCAACGAGAUCUUACGGCCACAUGCUCCACACUUGGUAGCUGUUGCCUUGGAUAUUCUCAAUAGAGACUUUGAAGAGAAUGCACUAUUGGCUUCCCGUAUCAUUUUCGACUUGUACAAGGUCUACCGGACACUUCCACAGGAUUACGUCCAACCUUACUUGGAUUUUGUGCUCAAUUCCUAUCGGACUUUGCCGACUUCGGUCCAACGCAAUUUUCUAUUUCCCGCCUUGGCAACAGUGCCACCCUCCGAAGUGCAAUCCAAAUCAAAUACUAGCUUGGACAUUGAUGCCAUGUUGGCGGGGGAAGAUUUGUCAACGUCGGCCACUACCGAAGCAGGAUCCAAGGAGAAUACGCCUAAAAAGAGUGCUUCCACUGUCGUGGCAACACCCAGCCCCACCAUUACCAAAAUGGUCACUUCGCCCGUGCCCCGAUUACUACCAAGAUCGAAUUCCUCUUUCCGCGUAUUGACCGAAUGCCCCUUGAUUGUCAUGCUCAUGUUUCAACUCUAUCCCAAAUUUCUGAGGAGCAACAUUCCAGGGCUCAUCAAUGUCAUGAUGGAAGCUUUGGCCCUGAGAGCCCCACCCAUUCAAUCCAUCAAGCAGGGGAAUCAAAUGAUGGAUGCCAAUGGGAAGCGCCUCUACUUUUCCAGGUGCCGAGAAUUGGUGGCGGCCCAAGCCAAGACUUUAUCCUUCUUAACCUACCUGCUGAGAGGAUUCUCCAAUGACUUGAAGCCGUAUGAAGAUCGAUUGGCAAGCAAUGUAGUAGCACUCAUGUCAACUUGUCCAAGGGAAUUUAUUAGCACUCGCAAAGAACUCUUGGUGGCUACUCGGCACUUGUUGAAUAGUGAAUUCCGGAAUGGAUUCUUUCGGCACGUGGAUGCGCUGUUGGACGAACGAGUAUUGAUGGGAUCCCAUCAUCGGUAUUCGGAACAAACCAUUUUGAGGCCGUUGGGGUACACGACCUUGUCGGAUUUAGUUCAUCACGUACGAUCCUUUUUGACCUUGGCGCAAAUGUCAAGGGUGGUUUCCAUCUUUGCUCGGGUCUUGCAUGACUCGUCAAUGACGUUGCCCAUGUCGACACAGUAUACAGCAGUCCGAACACUCUUGAGUAUUUUGGAUAUUGUUUUCAACAACAAGGAGCGGGAUCCACAAAUUGGAAGAGACAUUUUGGUACGGAUACUACGGACAUUGGUGGACAAAUUGGCGGCUCUAGAAACGAGUCUGGAGACUACCACCAAGCAAGAUGACAACAAUGCUGGUGACGGCAAGGAGGGAGAAUUGGGCAAGGCAGCACCUUCUAGCGAGGCAUCUACGAUACAGGGAUUGACUCCGUCGGGUGAUUCCUCCGAAUCUCAAAGGGACCUAAAGAGUAUGAUCCGCGCCAUUAUCGUGGGACACAAGACCUUGAUCUGGUACAUUAACAACUAUCGAAUUCAACGAGAAAAGGAAAAAUUGGACAAUGCCCCACAGCGCUUUGGGUCCAAUGAAGAAGUAGCGACUGCUCGAUUGAAGAUUACUCACACGGAACAUGCAUUGAUUGAGAGGUUUAUUGUAUUGGCCUUUCCAUGCAUGAAGUUUUUGAAGGAGGAGAGUCCAGAAAAUGAGAAUCGAGCCAACAAGAUUCCUUCGACGCCGGAUCAAUACCGCGAUGCGCUGACGUACUUUGCAGCAGCCUUUUCGACUCUGGAUGCUUAUGAUCUUCGACGGACCUUGGGCCGGCGAUUGGACCUACUAGUGGAUGCCAUUACAGAAGACGCAAUGCCAAUCAUUGUACCACGUCAUUUGCUCGGGGCCAAUGCCAAGACCAGUUUCGAAUUUUGUACUAUGCUUCUCGACUUCUUGGUGGAACGAUUGGACGAAUUGAUAGUUACCAGGCCGAAAGAUGUGUACUUUGUGCCACCACCAACAAGCUGCGGUGGCAACGAACGAGAACGAUUAGAGCAGCUGUCCAGUGAAAUGGACACUGUAAUGGCGGAAGAGGAAAAACACAAUGAACAGAGGUCCAAGGCUUAUCUUCAAUUGUUUGAAAGAGUACUGAAAUCACUGUCAACAUUUCCAGACAACGAGCGGGCGUUGCGACCGCACUUGAAGAAGCUAGUCUCUAUUAGCCUUCGGUCCUCGAUGGAAAAACCUGAUUUCAAAAUUGACAAUCAUUGCAUGCUACUGCGGUAUAUCUUCCGGUCAAUUUCUGCUGGAAAGUUUGAGGAGUCUUACAAGGAGAUUUUGCCACUCAUCCCAAGAGUUCUGAACGGACUGUUUCGGAUAUUGAGGUCGACGCAAGAUGAAAAGCUACGAAAUGUCAUUAUUGAGCUACUCUUGACAAUACCGGCGCGUUUAUCGUCACUCCUGCCGCACAUGAACCUGCUUCUUCGUGUCAUUACACACGCCUUAGAAUCCUUAUCUGGAGAUUUGGUAAAUUUGGGUCUUCGUACUCUCGAGUUUUGGGUUGACAACCUGAAUCCCGAGUUCUUGUUUCCAGAGCUCUCCAAGCGCAAUCAUCAGUUCGCAUGUCUGAUGAAGGCACUCUCGCUGCAUCUUCGACCAGCUCCGUAUCCAUAUGGUCUCCUGACCCUCCGUCUACUAGGAAAGCUUGGCGGUAAGAAUCGCAGGGUGCUGAGGGAACCAAUCGAUAUCUCGGAUGUGGAUACCAUACAUCAAAAUGUUGCAGAGCUUGGAUUUGACUUUGUUUGGACCCUUCCUGAUGAGGCGGAAGAAUCAACCGACAUGAAAGUGGACGGUACUCCUACAUAUUCAACGAACCCGUUCUCAAUAGAAGUACCAAUUAUGCGUUGUUUCGAAAUUGUCAAGAGGACAGCACUAUGCCCAAGUGCAGCAAAGAUCCAGAGACCCUCAAAACCUGGCGACCAAUCGAGGGAACGAAUCUCAUGGAGAGAGAGUGAUGAAUUGUGGAAAGCUGAUGUACUGAAGACCGACCUAUUGGCGUAUUGCGACGAUGUCGUAAAGGAAACUAGCCAGAAUCAGGUUGAAGCUGCGAUGACAGUGCUUCGCGCAGCUUUGACGAAGAUGUUUGUGGUUCAGAACUUCGAAAUUAAGAAAAUACAUAUAACGCACGACGAGGAGACAGCGGAACCAGCCGAAGACCGCCCUGUUGGAAAAUCAUUUGAUAUGCAAUCGUCGUCACUAAUACUCUCAGCGUACGAACAUGAUUUGAGGAUGGUUGGACUCGGGUUGAUGUUUGGUUGCACGAUAGCAGAGAUUGGUCAGGAGACAAUUUCAUUCACAAAGGGAUUGCUCACAAACUGUUUCCUUCUUGUUUCGAGCCAUCAGAUGCACUUUGCAAAAAUCGAUGCCAAUGGUUCUACAUUGCACCGCCCUGCAACAAACAAAUCAGAUGGUGAAGGGCAAGAGGAUGCUUUAAGUGUCGACUUCGAAGGAGGAUCAGGUUUCCUGAAACCGUUUGGAUACUUCGAACAGACAGGGCCCUUGCGGCAUGUGACGAACCCGAUGUUGCUGAAUCAGUCACUCGUUGAUUUAUUGUCACAACCAAGUGUUGGGUGUAUCGAAGUUGGAACCGAAUUGCUGAAGCAUAUUUUGUCAUUACCAGCGCAACUUGAUGCCCAAACCGAGGAAAAAACAGAAGAGACGAAGGAAAGCGACACAUCCGAUCUGGGGCUAGGUUCGAUAAUAUAUUUCGAGCACUUGAUGCGAUCAUUGAUUGAACAAUGCGUUUCAAGUGACUGGGAUCGCCGGGACGGUCUGUAUAGCAGCAUCUGCCUGAUGAUUGAACACCUUGGUGCUUCUUGGGCAAAGAAAUACGAAUCUGAGAUCAUGUACGUCGCCUUAUUCUCUGUAAAGAGCACCCCGAAGGAAAUGUCAAUCGCGGAAGUGAAAGCGUUUCAUUUUAUGAUUCGGGUUACCUCGGGUCUCUAUGGAACUCCAGCUUGCUUGAAGACACAGAAGGGGCAGUUUGUCUGCGAUACACUUUCUAAUCCAGAUAUGCAGGAAUCCCAAAUUGCACAAGAAACUCAAGAAACUAAGGAGAGCAACGAGUCGAUUAGCAAACCAUGUGAUGAAGUGAUCCAGUCGGUGAUUGUGGAAAUUGCUUCGACGAAACAAAUUGUUCGACUAGCAGCGCGAUAUGUUUUAAAGCACUACAUUGUUGGAGCUUUGCCUCCGAGCGCUUCGGUUGAGCUGCUUCGCAAAUAUCUGCCAUCAAUAAAGCGAGUCAUUUUCUCGCGGUCGCUGCGACUGCUUCCACUCCUUGAACAGAUCGGAGUUGUGGAAGCACUUUCUGUUAUCGUCCAGCAAGUGCCAGAUCUAUUUCCUCUCGAUGACAACCAUCUCAAAGCGUUUUUGUCUGAGGUUUUGAAAAUGUCGUCUGUUGCCGAUGGUGAGAUGACAGAUGCAAGUCUGCUUGGCGACGUGAUUGAUAAGAACGGGAUCGCAGUUUCUGCUCAAGCGAGACAGAGCGGGAAUAGGGAUUCUGACGCGUAUGCAUCGACAUUUCCGUCUUCCGGACUUUUCCUACGUCGCGAGUGCAUCAUGCGAAUCAGCGGGUCGAGGGUUGUGAUUCCAGAUGAAUCGCCACCUGGCAUUCAGUUGCGAUUUUCCACAAUAGCGCUGCUUCGCUUUGUCAUAAGGGGUCAUGCGAAUUCCUUCUUUGACUCGGAUUCGUCUACUCAAAUUGGAAACAUACGACCGCAUGUCAUAAGUCUUCUGUUCCGCUCGUUGGUGUCUCGACCGCUUAAAGCCGUUUCGUUUGCUCAUGAUGCACUUAAGGAUGUUUUAUCGCUGAGUGUUGUCGCUUCAGAUGGAGCGGACGGCUCGAAAUCGAAGUCCCGCUUGCGAAAGGAGCUACUGCAAACUUGCAUUCGUCCAGUAUUAUUGAACCUUAGAGACUAUACCAGACUAUCAUUGCAUUUGCUGAGGGGUCUCUCUCGAUUGCUUUCACUCCUGUCGUCAUGGUUCAACAAGACGCUCGGGGAAAAGUUACUUGAUCACUUGCAAAAGUGGACUGAUCCCAAUCGGAUGCGAGCUCAGAUGAUUUGGCGCGAAGGGGAAGAGCCCGAUGUAGCCGCGGCGAUUAUUGAUCUCUUUGUGCUGCUACCCGAUGCCGCUCGAUGCGUUGAGCCACUCGUGAAAACUACCAUCAAGCUAGAGGCCUGUCUUCCUGCCUUCAAGUCCCGUCACAUUUUUUCUCCUUACCGGAAGCCGCUUGCACGCUAUCUGAACAAGCAUUGCUCCUAUACUGUCCCUUUCUUCUUUCAGCGCCUGAAGACGCCGCUGUACAGCGAGCUAUUCCAAGACUUGAUCAAGCUGGAGGAGUCCAAACCGCUUCGAGAUUUUCUGAGUGGUAAGCAGUUUUCGGUUUCUUUGCUGAGUGUCUGUUUCGAAAGACCACUUGCGAUCAUUCGCUCUGAAAAAAAGCUUUCUGGGACGUCCCCGCAAAAAUCUGCAAUGAUGAAUACUUCAGAACUUCUUUUCGUUCACGGGAUCGAGCCAAGCUUCGUUCCGCCAACUCAACGAGAGGCUGUGCUCAGACAAGACGUCGAGGUGAAGAAUAAGAAACUCAUCAUUCUUCAACAGGAAUUCAAUCGCGCACAAGAGUUUCUCCAAGCAAAAGUAGCCGCGAGCUCUUCUGGUGAUACAUACGCCAAGGCAGCACUUGAUGACGCAAAGCGCAGACAUCAAAUUGCUAAGGUUGCUUACGAACGUGGGAUAAAGGAAUUUCGGAACAGCAAGCAGCGGUGUGCUACUGAACUUGAGAAAAUAAAGCAAGCAAGGCUGAAGUCUGAGAAGGAUGCUAAAAGAGUUGCCUCACGACCAAUGAACAUUGAAGCUCUAGAAUUGCAGUACCAAGGUUUUCGGCUCGUCAAAACACUCAUUCAGAAUGAUGAGAGCUAUUUCAAGGAACACAACGAUGUCAUUCGGGCUUUACGGUGGCUGUGGCGGAGUAAAGGCAGAUAUUUGCGUCUGGAGCACGAACAAUCCGUGCCGCCAAGAUAUCAUGGUGAAUCAAAGCUACUUGCUUCUUUCUUGGUUCACUACUCCAGAGGAUUUCGGAACGAUGUCGACUUGCUGUUCGAAUUGAUUCGUAUUUUUCUCCAGUCAAGUGCAAGCGACUUCUCUUUUGUGCGCACAUUUCUCGUCGAUUUCGUUUCAAAUGGAAUAUCUGCAGACCAAAGGAAACAAAUAAUGCAGCGCUUUUUCAUUCUUCUUGCCGGAGAAAGCACGGAAGAGAUCAAGACACUGACUGUUCAGCUCGUAGUUUACCCGAUGCUUGAGUCCACGUUUUCCAAGCAGGAAAGCAAAACUUUGCCUCAAUCUGGCAAUGCCCAAGAACCGAAAGAAAAGGAUCCGAAGAAAGCCAAUGUGAUGGAAAUUGAUGAAGAUUCCAGCUUCAUUGAGGAGGAGGAUGUUAAAAAAUUUGUACGCGAAGUCCUAUUCAACAAUGGGAAGAUCAUCUCUUGUGGAGAUCGGCUGAAAAUUGAGCUUUUGAGGCUGGCAAAUCUCUUCUUGACAAGAGUUCCACAUCAUGUCGAGAAGUACGGCCAGGAUCUGAUCAAAUACUGUUGGGGUCUUCUGAAGAGUGACGAUACCACAACAAAAAGUUGGGCUUAUCUUGUCGUCUGUCGCUACGCUUCAGCGCUUGACACCCCAUCAAGACUUAUUCUACAGGUAUACGUAGCUCUCCUUCGAUCGCACCAACAAGAGGGAAAAGAACUGGUAAGAGAGGCUUUGGAUCUAUUGGCUCCAUCUUUGCCAAAACAAUUAAACCGAGAUGGUGUCAAGAAAGUUGUUGACUACACAAGCAGAAUCAUGUUUGAAGAAGGCAACUCAGUGCCACAGCUAGCUCACAUCUGGCAUACAGUUGUGAAUCACCCGAAUGUUUUCUACGAGUACCGAAGUCAAUUUGUCCGCUAUAUGAUCAAUUCCUUGAAUCGUCUUGGUCUCCCACCGAAUUGUCCAGCAGAGAACAGAGCUCUCGCUAUCAGAAUUGUUGAUCUGGUGAUCAAAUGGGAUAAAAAGCAAUCUUUGGAUGGUACUCUUUCUACGACGGACAUGGGCGGCCAAAAGGGGAAGAAACGACCAGCCAACGAAUCUACGGAAGAUGACCCAGUCGGAGAAAAAAGGAGGAAAACGUCUUCCGGGCCAAUUGCGGUUCCAUCGACCCCAAAAGAGAAAGGGAAAGACGAUAGGCUUCUUGAUGCAGUAAUGGUUGACACACUUGUAAACUUCUUGAUCCGGUUGAAAAUUCUUCUGGCAGACCCAAAGGUCGAAUCUAUCUUUUUGAAAGCAGAUUCUGAUCACAGCAAGUUGUUCAAGUCCAUUGUGUUGGAAUGGAAGCAGUGUGGAAUCCGCCCAGUGUAUCUUGAAAAAGUGGUGGCCAUGUGCAAGGAAGAUAACGCCACCCGUGCUUCAGUAGGCAAGGAUGAAGACCGGACAAGGAAUAAGCUGGGGAGUAAAUCAAAAUCGAAGACUGCCAAUGUUGUCAAAGGGGACAAUGGGAAGAAAGUGAACUCAAAGCUAUUGUCAGCAUGUUUGGACAUCUUCGUUGUGCUUGCAGAGGUCGCUCCAUCCAAUCCAUUCCUCAAGGCAAACCCAUUCCAAUUGAACGAAAUACUGCUUGCCUCUUUCUUUCGAGCAAGGCAACCAGAAGAGAAUGAGAUUCGGGAAAAGUUGCGUCAAUUCAUCGUUGCGUUCAUGGGCGCAAAGAAAGAGAAAAGCAAAGCUAUAGAAAUGAUUGCAAAGGUCAUUACAGUGCAGCUAGAGCAGUUUCUUGUGGAUUCGGAAUUUGGGUAUCGCAGAUUCCUUGAAGGAAGUCAUGGUUCCACGGACAUAAGUCGUCAAACGGGAGAUAGAUAUCGACGAAAUUCGAUGGAUGCUGAACGCUCUGAAGUGAUUCUGUCAUCGUUUGCUCUUCGCGUCAUUCAGGAAGUAAGCGAGCGCCAUUCGAGCUUUCACAAACCGUUCGCUGGUUCGCUGUUGACACUGCUCCAGACACUAGUGAGGAAACAUACUGCUGAUGCUUCCGCACGGCAAAAACAAGGCACGGCGCCCUAUGCCCCACAAGGCGACUCCAUGAGUAUCACGCAUAUGCAUCACACCCCAACAGGCGGGAUACUGAACGAAUCAUUUAUCACAGAGUCUUCGUGUGCUACUUCUUCAGGCCCAAAGACCUCACAGAGCAAGGAGCCGUAUCCUUCGUCGGAGUUGAAUGAGUUUGAUCCUACGAUGCGGUCUGCUGUCAUAACUACAGAGCUGCUGGGCUCAAGUGGCAUUCCCUACACAUUUACAGAGAACAGAAAGAUGCUGUUCAGAAUACUUGCUGAUAUUCUAGACUCGAGCAACAAUUUGCAGCUUUUGUUGGUCGCAGUCCGUGUGAUUGGAAAAUGGCUGCUUUGCGAUCAAUUAGGGGGGCCACUUACUGCCGAAGAAAGAGACAGAUUUUUGCAACGCAUUGCUUCGUUUGACUACAAUGGGCUCCCUGAUGUUGUUGCGCAGCCACUUGCAGAUAUGGUUUCCCAUUUUGUAAUUGAAAUGUUGAACCAACGGGGACUCAAAAUUGAACGUGAGGUCGGGGAAUCACAGGAUGCACCUUUUAUGCCUUUGGUGACUGGAGUCUUACAGAUAAAAAAUGAGCGUGAAGACAUUGUUCUUGGCCGAUCACUGGUCUCAUGUCUUCUGUCUGCCAAGCGUACAACAAGACAGAAGAUGCUUGCAUUGUUCAUUUGUCAGACCAACACUGGCGAGAACAAUAAAAACGUUGCUUCUGGUGGCAUUCCUCUGAGAACCCCGACGGAUUUACUUUGGCAACUUCUUUCUAGCGAUUUCUCAGGUCUUGGUGGUAGAUAUUGGAUCGUCGUGUUUGUUGAACUGUUGCUUGGUAAUCUUCAUUGCCACAAUCAACAUACGCAGCAGGAGUCUGAAAACACCAAUUUUUUGAUGAAGCGGCAGCUACCACUCCCCCGUCUUUGCCAGACAAAUGCUCCUUUGAGAUUCUCAGAAGCUGUUCAGUCUGACCACCGUCUUUUCCUCAACAAGAUUCUCCAAAGCAAAUCUGAUAUUGCAGAAGGUGGCAAGCAACUCAUUGCUUCCUUACAACAACUGGUACACUGUGAUGCCUACACGAGUGAGAGUCUAUUCAUUUCACUUCUUGUUGCAAGUUGGGAUGCCAUUCCCUCUGAUGGGAUCCGCGUACAGCUCGCAGAUGAGAUGGAAUUGCUCUUGGCCAAACCAUUUCACUCUCAGUUCUUCAAGCGGACAAGGCUCGAUACUGAUCACCGCAGUAUGAAUUCAAUACGGUCAUACCUCAGCGCCAUACAUGCAGUUAGUCCAAUGCCAAUUCUGGACAUUGAUGUGCUCGUGUACCUUGCCGAAACCUAUAAUUGCUGGUACGAGGUUCUCUCUAUUCUAGAAGACCAUCUAUUAGUUCUUUCUGGUGCGGAUGGAAAGUUAUCAAGUGAUGGCGUGGCUUUCCGUGAGAGGAUACUGCUUGCGAUGAGAGAGUGCUACAAGCAACUCGGAGAUUCAAAUGUAUAUAUAAGCCUCGCUCUCAAAUCUUGUGAAGUUGCCGAGACUAAACAUGCUGCAUCACUCGAUAUCUAUGGCAAAGUUGAUCGUGCGCUUGAUGCAUAUACAAACUUGGUGAAAACUGUUGAAUCAGCCAAGUUGACUCCCACUGAAACAGAAAUGGGUCUGUGGGAAGAGCGAUGGGUAGAUAUCAACCGACAACAAUGUCAAUUAGGUGCUGUAUCAGAGUAUGCGAGGUUGUCAGGAAAAAGCUUGCUCAAUCUCGAAUCCGCCUGGAAGUUACAGGAUUGGGAUAGAGUCCGAGAUCUUUGCUCAACAUCGCCGCUUGUAGCUUCUGUUGAGACCGGUGACCCAGCAGUGAAGAUGAGCGAAACGCUGCUUGCUGUUUUUGAUGGAAAGCUCAGCGAUGUUGAGAAUCUACAUGCACAGACCGCUCAGUUGUGUCUCUACAAAUGGCAGCAACUGCCGAGCUUAUCAAGUGCUAGCAAUGCUCAUGGAUCUCUCCUGCAUUAUUUUCAUCGACUGGUCGAAAUACGAGAGUCUGGGCAGAUCAUGGUCGAAACCAGUAACCACUCAACUGGAAAAACGUUGCCGGAUUUGAAAAAUUUACUCAAUGCUUGGAAACAUCGGCUUCCGAAUGAUUACGAAGACCUUUCAGUUUGGGAUGAGUUGUUCACAUGGCGCUCUCACAUGUUUGAUGCAAUUACUUCAAACUUCAAUUGGAGCGAGCCAGGCACGCUCGCAACACUUCAUGACCGCCCAUGGACAGCAAUUCGUAUGGCAACAACAGCCAGGAAGCAAGGAAUGCGACAGACGGCCCUUCUCUUGCUAGACAAACUCACAGGAAACAGAGCUAUGGGAGUCUCAGAUGCCUUUUUGAAACUGAGAGAGCAGAUCCUAUCAUACAACAACAUUGAAAGCGAGCUUGAGCGUACCGCAGGGUUGAAUUUGGUCAACACAACGAACUUGUCCUACUUUGAUCAGUCGCAAAAAGGCGAGCUUUUUAGACUAAAGGCAAUCUUUUUGGCUUCAUUGGGGAGAACGUUGAAGGCGAGCCAAGCCUACUGCCAUUCUGUCAAAAUUUGUCCUUCGCUUGCAAAGUCAUGGAUCAGUUGGGGAGGUCUUUGUUCAACACUCGGAACGAUGGCAGAGCGACAAGCACAACAGAUAGGGAAUAAAGCUGGACCUGAGAAGGCAAAAGAGCCACGUGCCGAAACGGCAAAGAAGGUUGCACAGUACUUGGCUCAAGCAAUGGGCUGCUAUAUUGAGGCCAUUCAGAUCAAUGUUGAUGAGAAAUCUCGCAUGCAUCUACCGAAAUGCCUUUGGAUGUUGACAAGAGAUGGCAUUGCACCAGGUGUACUAUGCCAAACACUAGAAAAUAGAGGUACGAAAUUACCUCCUUGGGUAUGGCUACCAUGGAUCCCCCAAUUGUUGACUGGGCUCUGCAGAAUUGAAGGUCGAUCAAUCAAGGCAGUCUUGAGCAGGGUUGUUAAGGCGUAUCCGCAAGCUGUCUAUUAUUCGUUGCGAGCCUUCUACUUAGAACGGAGGGAUGUUGAACGAGCCAAAGGCACCCCUUCUCCAGGGCAACAAAUGGCAUCAGUUGCUCAUGCAGAAGAUUUGAUGUCCACGCUUCGCAAGUCACACGCAUCACUUUGGAGCUCACUGGAGGCCAUAUUGGAGGAAUUGAUUGUGAAAUUUCGUCCUUCUUAUGAAGAAGAGCUUUUGGCGACAAUAUGUGCACUUCUUGAUCGAGCUGAAUCCCUUGCCGAAAAGCAAUGUGUCGAAAAUAAGGUUCGAAUCGAAGACGAGGAGGCCAUGUUUGCAUCAUGGCAUAAAACACUGAGUAGAAUUGCGGCAAAGUUCUUCCGCACUUCUGAGUCAACUUCAAGCUCCAACCGGCGGGACCAACGCAUGAAGAAAACUGCGGAGUUCAAAGAAAAAUAUAAAGCAGAUUUUGAGAAAGACUUCAGAAUCCAAGCAGAGAAAGCUGAUUUGAAACCUGCCGAAGAGCAGAAGUUUGGUUUGGAAGAGUACAUUACAAAACUCCAACACUGGAAGCAAAAGCUUGAAGCACACGUUGCAAGCACACCAGUUUCAUUGCCUCUCAUUGAGUCUUCGCCAGUACUAGCCAUGUUUUCUGGUGAUUUUCCAGAUCUAUGGCCUGGGGCAUGUGAUACCAAGUACUCCAAUGCUGGAAUGGAACGGGUAAUGAAUGACGACGGAGCAAGCGCGCGGAAUUUUUCCUCAACAUCAUCGUCUGCUGUGAAAGCUCGAAGAGCGGCAUAUACUGCUGCUGUUGCCGCUGCUGCAGCUGCAGCGAAAGAGGGCGUCGGGGGCGAGUAUGGUGGUGGUGCAGCAUCAAUUGAAAUCCCUGGGCAAUAUUGCCCAAACUCAACGGCUUCUUCCGACUCAAAACCUAGCCCAGAACUCCAUGCAAAACUAGUUAGGUUUGAGCCCCAUGUUGAUGUUUUACGUCGCAACGACCAUUUGGUCCGACGAGUAAGCAUGGUUGGAAGUGAUGGCCGAACCUACAAGUUCCUGCUUCAAUUUGCAAUCCCAUACUGGACCAGGACCGAUGAACGGACAGCUCAGACGUUGUACGUGGUGGACAAGUUUUUGAGACGGAACAUAAUGACCUCGAGAAACCACCUCUCUGUUCAGCCAAACGCUGCAAUUCCUGUGGCACAGAGACUCAGAAUGACCCUUGAUGAUGAUUCUCGAAUUGCUCUUGAUGACGUCUUUAGAGAGCAUUUGGAAAAGGAUGAAAAAAAGGCGUCUGAUAUCACUGCAUCAUUCCUUUCCGAAGUAGCUGAAGGAUUCAAACAAAGGUCUAAACCAGGUAUUUCCCCUGAAGAGAAAGAUAAGCUUCAACCGGUUGUGCUACAUGAAGCCUAUGUUCAGACUUGCAACUCGCAAGUGGCACGGAAUAUUCUCAAGCGACACGUUCGGUCUAGUUUUGAUGGUCCCGAACCUUUCUUUCAGUUCCGUCGGGCGUUUGCUGGUCAGCUGGCUGCCAACUCUCUGCUUCAGUAUGUCUUUGCGGUAGCUGAACGAUCACCCCAACGCUUUGUAAUGCUCAAGCGCAACGGACAAAUGCUUUCACCUGACUUUAGAGUAACAUACACAACCCAAGGUUUUGUCGACAAUCCUGACGUGCCCUUUAGAUUGACCCCCAACGUCAAGGCGCUAUUAGGAGAAGCUUACUGCGAUGGGCGAUUCAUGCCAGCAAUGGCAAUGAUUGCGGCUGCAAUUCUAGAAAAUGGUGGGGAUUUCGAUUCAAUCCUACGAUUGCUCAUGAGGGAUGAUAUUGUUGCUUGGUACAGCAAGUCCCAAGCCAGAUCUGACUCCAAGACUCAAGAGCUUGAGCGCCAGCUGAGCGAACGUGUAGCGAAGAAUGUCUCUAUUUUGCAAUCUCGAAUAGCGGAGUGUGCACCAAGUCGACAGGCAAAGCAAGACGAGCCCGUAGAUAGACGCGUACGCGACCUCUGUGAUGCAGCAUCUGACCCUGAAAAAUUGGCAAUGAAGGGCACAGGUUAUCAUGCUUGGUUGUAA